AUGCCAGGCCUCAGUCAGGAAUCUACAGCUUCCCACAGCAGCCCAGGCUCCACAGACACGACACUGUCCCCUGGCAGUACCACAGCAUCAUCCCUUGGUCCAGAAUCUACUACCUUCCACAGCAGCCCAGGCUCCACUGAAACAACACUCUUACCUGACAACACCACGACCUCAGGCCUCCUUGAAGCAUCUACGCCCGUCCACAGCAGCACUGGAUCGCCACACACAACACUGUCCCCUGCCGGCUCUACAACCCGUCAGGGAGAAUCUACCACCUUCCAGAGCUGGCCAAGCUCAAAGGACACUAGGCCUGCACCUCCUACUACCACAUCAGCCUUUGUUGAGCUAUCUACAACCUCCCACAGCAGCCCGAGCUCAACUCCAACAACCCACUUUUCUGCCAGCUCCACAACCUUGGGCCGUAGUGAGGAAUCGACAACAGUCCACAGCAGCCCAGUUGCAACUGCAACAACACCCUCGCCUGCCCGCUCCACAACCUCAGGCCUCGUUGAAGAAUCUACGACCUACCACAGCAGCCCGGGCUCAACUCAAACAACGCACUUCCCUGAAAGCGCCACAACUUCAGGCCGUGGUGAAGAAUCAACAACUUCCCACAGCAGCACAACACACACAAUAUCUUCACCUCCUAGCACCACAUCUGCCCUUGUUGAAGAACCUACAAGCUACCACAGCAGCCCGGGCUCAACUGCAACAACACACUUCCCUGACAGCUCCACAACCUCAGGCCGUAGUGAGGAAUCAACAGCAUCCCACAGCAGCCAAGACGCAACGGGAACAAUAGUCCUACCUGCCCGCUCCACAACCUCAGUUCUUCUUGGAGAAUCUACGACCUCACCCAUCAGUUCAGGCUCAACGGAAACGACAGCGUUACCCGGCAGUACCACAACGCCAGGCCUCAGUGACAAAUCUACCACUUUCCACAGUAGCCCCAGAUCACCAGCCACAAUACUCUCACCUGCCAGCACGACAAGCUCAGGCGUCAGUGAAGAAUCCACCACCUCCCACAGCCGACCAGGCUCAACGCACACAACAGCAUUCCCUGACAGCACCACCACGCCAGGCCUCAGUCGGGAUUCUACAACUUCCCACAGCAGCCCAGGCUCAACGGAUACAACACCGUUACCUGCCAGCACCACCACCUCAGGCCCCAGGCAGGAAUCAACAACUUCCCACAGCAGCCCAGGUUCAACUGACACAGCACUGUCCCCUGGCAGUACCACAGCCUUAUCCUUUGGUCAAGAAUCUACAACCUUCCACAGCAGCCCAGGCUCCACUCACACAACACUCUUCCCUGACAGCACCACAAGCUCAGGCAUCGUUGAAGCAUCUACACGCGUCCACAGCAGCACUGGCUCACCACGCACAACACUGUCCCCUGCCAGCUCCACAAGCCCUGGACUUCAGGGAGAAUCUACCGCCUUCCAGACCCACCCAGCCUCAACUCACACAACGCCUUCACCUCCUAGCACCACAACAGCCCCUGUUGAAGAAUCUACAACCUACCACCGCAGCCCAGGCUCGACUCCAACAACACACUUCCCUGCCAGCUCCACAACUUCGGGCCACAGUGAGAAAUCAACAAUAUUCCACAGCAGCCCAGAUGCAAGUGGGACAACACCCUCGCCUGCCCACUCCACAACCUCAGGUCGUGGAGAAUCUACAACCUCUCGCAUCAGUCCAGGCUCAACUGAAAUAACAACGUUACCUGGCAGUACCACAACACCAGGCCUCAGUGAGGCAUCUACCACCUUCUACAGCAGCCCCAGAUCACCAACCACAACACUCUCACCUGCCAGCAUGACAAGCCUAGGCGUCGGUGAAGAAUCCACCACCUCCCGUAGCCAACCAGGUUCUACUCACUCAACAGUGUCACCUGCCAGCACCACCACGCCAGGCCUCAGUGAGGAAUCUACCACCGCCUACAGCAGCAGCCCAGGCUCAACUGAAACCACAGUGUUCCCUCACAGCACCACAACCUCAGUUCGUGGUGAAGAGCCUACAACCUUCCACCGCCGGCCAGCCUCAACUCACACAACACUGUUCGCUGAGGACAGCACCACCUCGGGCCUCACUGAAGAAUCUACAGCCUUCCCCGGCAGCCCAGUCUCCACCCAAACAGGGUUACCUGCCACACUCACAACCGCAGACCUCGGUGAGGAAUCAACAACCUUUCCCAGCAGCUCAGGCUCAACUGGAACAACACUCUCACCUGCCCGCUCCACCACCUCUGGCCUCGUUGGAGAAUCUACACCCUCACGCCUCAGUCCAAGCUCAACCGAAACAACAACUUUACCCGGCAGUCCCACAACACCAAGCCUCAGUGAGAAAUCAACCACCUUCUACACUAGCCCCAGAUCACCAGAUGCAACACUCUCACCUGCAACCACAACAAGCUCAGGCGUCAGCGAAGAAUCCAGCACAUCCCACAGUCAACCAGGCUCAACGCACACAACAGUGUUCCCUGACAGCACCACCACCUCAGGCCUCAGUCAGGAACCUACGACUUCCCACAGCAGCCAAGGCUCAACAGAGGCAACACUGUCCCCUGGCAGUACCACAGCCUCAUCCCUUGGUCAACAAUCUACCACCUUCCACAGCAGCCCAGGCGCCACUGAAACCACACUCUUACCUGACGACACCAUAACCUCAGGCCCCGUGGAGGCAUCUACACCCACCCACAGCAGCACUGGCUCGCUACACACAACACUGACCCCUGCCAGCUCCACAAGCACUGGCCUUCAGGAAGAAUCUACCACUUUCCAGAGCUGGCCAAGCUCGAGUGACACAACACCUUCACCUCGCGGCACCACAGCAGCCCCUGUUGAAGUAUCCACAACCUACCACAGCCGCCCGAGCUCAACUCCAACAACACACUUUUCUGCCAGUUCCACAACCUUGGGCCGUAGUGAGGAAUCAACAACAGUCCACAGCAGCCCAGGUGCAACUGGAACAACACUCUUCCCUACCCGCUCUGCAACCUCAGUUCUUGUUGGAGAACCUACAACGUCACCCAUCAGUUCAGGCUCAGUGGAAACAACAGCAUUACCUGGCAGUACCACAACAGCAGGCCUGAGUGAGAAAUCUACCACCUUCUACAGUAGCCCCAGAUCACCGGACACAACACUCUCACCUGUCGGCACGACAAGCUCAGGCGUCAGUGAAGAAUCCACCACCUCCCACGGCCAACCAGGCUCAACGCACACAACAGCAUUCCCUGGCAGUACCACCAUGCCAGGCCUCAGUCAGGAAUCUACAGCUUCCCACAGCAGCCCAGGCUCCACAGACACGACACUGUCCCCUGGCAGUACCACAGCAUCAUCCCUUGGUCCAGAAUCUACUACCUUCCACAGCAGCCCAGGCUCCACUGAAACAACACUCUUACCUGACAACACCACGACCUCAGGCCUCCUUGAAGCAUCUACGCCCGUCCACAGCAGCACUGGAUCGCCACACACAACACUGUCCCCUGCCGGCUCUACAACCCGUCAGGGAGAAUCUACCACCUUCCAGAGCUGGCCAAGCUCAAAGGACACUAGGCCUGCACCUCCUACUACCACAUCAGCCUUUGUUGAGCUAUCUACAACCUCCCACAGCAGCCCGAGCUCAACUCCAACAACCCACUUUUCUGCCAGCUCCACAACCUUGGGCCGUAGUGAGGAAUCGACAACAGUCCACAGCAGCCCAGUUGCAACUGCAACAACACCCUCGCCUGCCCGCUCCACAACCUCAGGCCUCGUUGAAGAAUCUACGACCUACCACAGCAGCCCGGGCUCAACUCAAACAACGCACUUCCCUGAAAGCGCCACAACUUCAGGCCGUGGUGAAGAAUCAACAACUUCCCACAGCAGCACAACACACACAAUAUCUUCACCUCCUAGCACCACAUCUGCCCUUGUUGAAGAACCUACAAGCUACCACAGCAGCCCGGGCUCAACUGCAACAACACACUUCCCUGACAGCUCCACAACCUCAGGCCGUAGUGAGGAAUCAACAGCAUCCCACAGCAGCCAAGACGCAACGGGAACAAUAGUCCUACCUGCCCGCUCCACAACCUCAGUUCUUCUUGGAGAAUCUACGACCUCACCCAUCAGUUCAGGCUCAACGGAAACGACAGCGUUACCCGGCAGUACCACAACGCCAGGCCUCAGUGACAAAUCUACCACUUUCCACAGUAGCCCCAGAUCACCAGCCACAACACUCUCACCUGCCAGCACGACAAGCUCAGGCGUCAGUGAAGAAUCCACCACCUCCCACAGCCGACCAGGCUCAACGCACACAACAGCAUUCCCUGACAGCACCACCACGCCAGGCCUCAGUCGGGAUUCUACAACUUCCCACAGCAGCCCAGGCUCAACGGAUACAACACCGUUACCUGCCAGCACCACCACCUCAGGCCCCAGGCAGGAAUCAACAACUUCCCACAGCAGCCCAGGUUCAACUGACACAGCACUGUCCCCUGGCAGUACCACAGCCUUAUCCUUUGGUCAAGAAUCUACAACCUUCCACAGCAGCCCAGGCUCCACUCACACAACACUCUUCCCUGACAGCACCACAAGCUCAGGCAUCGUUGAAGCAUCUACACGCGUCCACAGCAGCACUGGCUCACCACGCACAACACUGUCCCCUGCCAGCUCCACAAGCCCUGGACUUCAGGGAGAAUCUACCGCCUUCCAGACCCACCCAGCCUCAACUCACACAACGCCUUCACCUCCUAGCACCACAACAGCCCCUGUUGAAGAAUCUACAACCUACCACCGCAGCCCAGGCUCGACUCCAACAACACACUUCCCUGCCAGCUCCACAACUUCGGGCCACAGUGAGAAAUCAACAAUAUUCCACAGCAGCCCAGAUGCAAGUGGGACAACACCCUCGCCUGCCCACUCCACAACCUCAGGUCGUGGAGAAUCUACAACCUCUCGCAUCAGUCCAGGCUCAACUGAAAUAACAACGUUACCUGGCAGUACCACAACACCAGGCCUCAGUGAGGCAUCUACCACCUUCUACAGCAGCCCCAGAUCACCAACCACAACACUCUCACCUGCCAGCAUGACAAGCCUAGGCGUCGGUGAAGAAUCCACCACCUCCCGUAGCCAACCAGGUUCUACUCACUCAACAGUGUCACCUGCCAGCACCACCACGCCAGGCCUCAGUGAGGAAUCUACCACCGCCUACAGCAGCAGCCCAGGCUCAACUGAAACCACAGUGUUCCCUCGCAGCACCACAACCUCAGUUCGUGGUGAAGAGCCUACAACCUUCCACCGCCGGCCAGCCUCAACUCACACAACACUGUUCGCUGAGGACAGCACCACCUCGGGCCUCACUGAAGAAUCUACAGCCUUCCCCGGCAGCCCAGUCUCCACCCAAACAGGGUUACCUGCCACACUCACAACCGCAGACCUCGGUGAGGAAUCAACAACCUUUCCCAGCAGCUCAGGCUCAACUGGAACAACACUCUCACCUGCCCGCUCCACCACCUCUGGCCUCGUUGGAGAAUCUACACCCUCACGCCUCAGUCCAAGCUCAACCGAAACAACAACUUUACCCGGCAGUCCCACAACACCAAGCCUCAGUGAGAAAUCAACCACCUUCUACACUAGCCCCAGAUCACCAGAUGCAACACUCUCACCUGCAACCACAACAAGCUCAGGCGUCAGCGAAGAAUCCAGCACAUCCCACAGUCAACCAGGCUCAACGCACACAACAGCGUUCCCUGACAGCACCACCACCUCAGGCCUCAGUCAGGAACCUACGACUUCCCACAGCAGCCAAGGCUCAACAGAGGCAACACUGUCCCCUGGCAGUACCACAGCCUCAUCCCUUGGUCAACAAUCUACCACCUUCCACAGCAGCCCAGGCGCCACUGAAACCACACUCUUACCUGACGACACCAUAACCUCAGGCCCCGUGGAGGCAUCUACACCCACCCACAGCAGCACUGGCUCGCUACACACAACACUGACCCCUGCCAGCUCCACAAGCGCUGGCCUUCAGGAAGAAUCUACCACUUUCCAGAGCUGGCCAAGCUCAAGUGACACAACACCUUCACCUCGCAGCACCACAGCAGCCCCUGUUGAAGUAUCCACAACCUACCACAGCCGCCCGAGCUCAACUCCAACAACACACUUUUCUGCCAACUCCACAACCUUGGGCCGUAGUGAGGAAUCGACAGCAGUCCACAGCAGCCCAGGUGAAACUGCAACAACACCCUCAACUGCCCUCUCCACAACCUCAGGCCUUGUUGAAGAAUCUACGACCUACUACAGCAGCGCGGGCUCAACUCCAACAAUGCACUUCCCUGAAAGCUCCACAACUUCAGGCCGUAGUGAAGAAUCAACAACUUUCCACAGCAGCACAACAGACACAAUAUCUUCACCUACUAGCACCACCAGUGCCCUUGUUGAAGAAUUUACAAGCUACCACAGCAACCCGGGCUCCACUGCAACAACACACUUUCCUGACAGCUCCACAACCUCAGGUCAUAUUGAGAAAUCAACAGCAUCCCACAGCAGCCCAGAUACAAAUGGAAUCACACCCUUAUCUGCCCAUUUUACUACCUCGGGCCACAUUGCAGAAUCUACCACCUUCUACAUCUCUCCAGGCUCAAUGGAAACAACAUUACCCAGCAGUACCACAACACCAGGCCUCAGUGCAAAAUCUACCAUCUUUUACAGUAGCUCCAGAUCACCAGACCAAACACUCUCACCUGCCAGCAUGACAAGCUCCAGCAUCAGUGGAGAACCCACCAGCUUGUAUAGCCAAGCAGGGUCAACACACACAACAGCGUUCCCUGCCAGCACCACCACCUCAGGCCUCAGUCAGGAAUCAACAACUUUCCACAGUAAGCCAGGCUCAACUGACACAACACGGUCCCCUGGCAGCAUCACAACUUCAUCCUUUGCUCAAGAAUUUACCACCCCUCACAGCCAACCAGGCUCGGCUCUGUCAACAGUGUCACCUGCCAGCACCACAAUGCCAGGCCUUAGUGAGGAAUCUACCACCUUCUAUAGCAGCCCAGGCUCAACUGAAACCACAGCGUUUUCUCACAGCAACACAACGUCCAUUCAUAGUCAACAAUCUACACCCUUCCCUGGCAGCCCAGGCUUCACUCACACAGUGUUACCUGCCACCCUCACAACCACAGAGAUUGGUCAGGAAUCAACAGCCUUCCACAGCAGCUCAGACGCAACUGGAACAACACCCUUACCUGCCCGCUCCACAGCCUCAGACCUUGUUGGAGAAUCUACAACUUUCUACAUCAGCCCAUCCCCUACUUACACAACACUCUUUCCUGCCAGUUCCAGCACAUCAGGCCUCACUGAGGAAUCUACCACCUUCCACACCAGUCCAAGCUUCACUUCUACAAUUGUGUCUACUGAAAGCCUGGAAACCUUAGCACCAGGGUUGUGCCAGGAAGGACAAAUUUGGAAUGGAAAACAAUGCGUCUGUCCCCAAGGCUACGCUGGUUACCAGUGCUUGUCCCCUCUGGAAUCCUUCCCUAUAGAAACUCCAGAAAAACUCAACGCCACUUUAGGUAUGACAGUGAAAGUGACUUACAGACAUUUCACAGAAAAGAUGAAUGACGCAUCCUCCCAGGAAUACCAGAACUUCAGUACCCUCUUCAAGAAUCGGAUGGAUGUCGUUUUGAAGGGCGACAAUCUUCCUCAGUAUAGAGGGGUGAACAUUCGGAGAUUGCUCAACGGUAGCAUCGUGGUCAAGAACGAUGUCAUCCUGGAGGCAGACUACACUUUAGAGUAUGAGGAACUGUUUGAAAACCUGGCAGAGAUUGUAAAGGCCAAGAUUAUGAAUGAAACCAGAACAACUCUUCUUGAUCCUGAUUCCUGCAGAAAGGUCAUACUGUGCUAUAGUGAAGAAGACACUUUUGUGGAUUCAUCGGUGAUGCCGGGCUUUGACUUCCAGGAGCAAUGCACCCAGAAGGCUGCCGAAGGAUAUGCCCAGUUCUACUAUGUGGAUGUCUUGGAUGGGAAGCUGGCCUGUGUGAACAAGUGCACCAAAGGAACGAAGUCGCAAAUGAACUGUAACCUGGGCACAUGUCAGCUGCAACACAGUGGCCCCCACUGCCUGUGCCCAAAUACGAACACACACUGGUACUGGGGGGAGACCUGUGAAUUCAACAUUGCCAAGAGCCUCGUGUAUGGGAUCGUGGGGGCUGUGAUGGCAGUGCUGCUGCUCGCAUUGAUCAUCCUAGUCAUCUUAUUCAGCCUAUCCCAGAGAAAACGGCACAGGGAACAGUAUGAUGUGCCUCAACAGUGGCGAAAGGAAGGCACCCCUGGCAUCUUCCAGAAGACGGCCAUCUGGGAAGACCAGAAUCUGAGGGAGAGCAGAUUCGGCCUUGAGAACGCCUACAACAACUUCCGGCCCACCCUGGAGACUGUUGACUCUGGCACAGAGCUCCACAUCCAGAGGCCGGAGAUGGUAGCAUCCGCUGUGUGAGCCAAUGGGGGCCUCCCACCCUCAUCUAGCUCUGUUCAGGAGAGCUGCAAACACAGAGCCCACCACAAGCCUCCCGGGCGGGUCAAGAGGAGACUGAAGUCAGGCCCUGAAGCCGGUCCUGCUCUGAGAUGACAGACUUGGCCAGUCCCCUGCCUGUGCUCCUGCUGGGGAAGGCUGGGGGCUGUAAGCCCCUCCAUCCGGGAGCUUCCAGACUCCCAGAAGCCUCGGCACCCCUGUCUCCUCCUGGGUGGCUCCCCACUCUGGAAUUUCCCUACCAAUAAAAGCAAAUCUGAAAGCUCAGA